AUGGCAUACCAAUACCCUCAACACCAACAACCACCCUACACGACCACCGCACCCGCACCGAACCCGGGUCUGCACUACUCGGUUGCUGACCCCUUCAGUCAACCCACGCCAUACGAUACGCACGGACACCCAUCAACCUCCAAGCGCCGUCGCGGAAAUCUCCCAAAACACGUCACCCACAUUCUCAAAACUUGGCUCAACGACCACACCCGACACCCCUACCCUACCGAAGAAGAGAAAGUGAUGUUGGCGGAACGAACGGGGUUGAGUUUGAAUCAGAUUAGUAAUUGGUUUAUCAAUGCGCGCAGGAGGAUCUUGCAGCCGGCUACGGCGUCGUCUGCGCAGGGUGGGGGUGGGGGCGGGGCUGGACAGGGUGGGGAGAGUACCGGGGGGGGUGCGGCUGGUGGUGGGGUGUUGGAUACGGGUGGACAGCGGGUUUUUGAGAUGAGAAAGCCGAAGGGGGAUGAGCCGCCUUUGCAUCAUUGA